AUGAGCGCGGCCGCUCCGUCCGUGGCGCAGAGCGGCGGCGGCGGCGAGCGCGAGCCCCUGCCGCCGGGCUGGGAGGUGAAGAUCGACCCGCAGACCGGCUGGCCUUUCUUCGUGGACCACAACAGCCGCACCACCACUUGGAACGACCCGCGCCUGCAAGGGGGCUACCUGAAGGAAAGCCCAUCAUCAGCAAAUGGUCCAUCUCGAAACAGUCCAAACCAGUCCCAGAUCACAGAAGGAAACAUGGUUUACCCAAAGCUUCGCCCUGGUUACAUCCCCAUUCCAGUCAUCCAUGAAGGUGCAGAGAACAGGCAACAAUACUCCUACUAUCCCAGUCACCAGCCCGACAUGCAGCGCGUCAAGGUGGACACGAUUCCGACAACGAUGCAGGCUCCGUCACCUCUGAGAGGAGGUUUUGCCCGUCCACAGUCUCCUGCUCGGGGACUUGCAGAAGCUGCCCAAAUAGAUAAACAAGGUGGACAGACAACAGCAGCUGCCCCAGCCCAAGUACCCUCCCCUCAUGGAUCUGAGCAGCCUCCAUCACCUGCAUCUGCAGAAUCGCCAACUAUGUCAGGCAGGGCCAGCUCAGGGAGUCAUCAGCUCCCGCGUGGCUAUAUUCCCAUCCCUGUGAUCCAUGAGGGAAACGUUCCAAGACAACCACCGCAAGUCUAUCAUCAGGCACAGAAGACACACUACCCAGCUCAGCAGAGUGAUUACCAUGCUCACCCGCCAGUGUUCCACCAAGUUCAGACUGAUGACCGGGAUCAGAGGCCACAGCGGGCACAGUCUCCGUACAGGAUGUCACAGAGAGGUCCCACAAGUCGCGACAGCUCACCGGCCAGAAUCCAAUCCCCAACUCCCAUUAGAAUACAAUCUGUCAGACCUCAGGCUUCUCAGCAACAAAUGCCAACCCAAGGAUCACCACCGAUUCUGCUGCCUGAGGCCAAGCUGGAUAACAAGGUAGGCUCACCUGGAACAGAGGGUCCUGCUUCAUACAUCCCCAUUCAAGUCGUUCAUACCGACGCUGAUACCAAGCCGCCUCCACAGAAACCACCUCCCCCAGCAGAGAAUGUUGAUAAAAAGAUUCCUUGCCCUGCUGAAGCUGCUCCACUAGAAGAAAGGCCCGUCCCACAAGAACCUGAAGCACAGAAGCCUUCAGAGACAGAAGAACUUCCAAAACACCCAGGAGUCUUGAAAGUUGAAGCCAUUCUAAAUCAAGUGCAAUCACUGCAGCAGGCAGUUGAUUCCUUUGACGGUAAGAAAAAUGACAAAAGGUACCUGAUGAUAGAAGAGUAUUUGACCAAAGAGCUGCUAGCCUUGGACUCUGUAGAUCCCGAGGGUCGGGCAGAUGUCCGUCAGGCCAGGAGAGACGGCGUAAGAAAAGUCCAGAAUAUAUUGGAGAGACUUGAACAGAAAGCAGAAGAUGCCCCAGAGCCUGUACAAGUGGACGAGUCAUCUUUUCCUGAAAACAAUCUACGGGGGAAAAUAGAUGUUGAUUCUGUGAUGGAAAACACUACUAAGGAUGUAAAUAACAAGAAUGUCAAAGAGCAGAUCAAAAUGGAAAUGCAUCACCCUGAAUCUAAGGAAGGAAUAGUUACCAACCUUGCCAAAGAAACAAACACAUCUGAAAAUGUGACUGAACCAUAGCCACAAGUAAACAUUAAAGUCCUUAGACUCUUUAACUUAAAGUGUGUGUUAAGUGAUUUUUAACUUGCAUGCGUUUACAGGCGCUUUGCACCAAUUGGUUUUUAAUAAACAUAGCAGCUUGGGACACUGUAAACAUUCAAGUGGGGUAGAUAGU